AUGGACGUGACGUCCCUGGCGGAGCAGGUCUGCCGCUUGCGGCCAACGGUUGACUCCGUGAAAAAGCAGGCUGAAGAGGCUCAAGCAGAGGCAGCGGUCGCGCAAGAGUCUGUUACGCAAGCUGCAGCUUCCUCAGAGGCGGAGAAGAAGGCGGCUGACAAGACGUUGGAGGAGGAGUUGGCAAAGCUUCGUAAGACGUCGGAGGAGGCGCUGGCGGCCGAGCAGCAGCGGGCUCUCGCGGCCGAGAAAGCAUUACAGGACAGCCUCGAGGAAGCGCAGAGGUCGAGCGUCUCGCUCGCUGAGAAGGUGGAGGCAGCCCAAACAAAGGCUGAGGCCGCAGAGGCUGAGGCAGCCAUCGCUCAAGAGUCGCUUUCGCACGCUGCCGCCUCCUCGGAGGCUGAGAAGAAGGCCGCAGGCCAGAGCCUGGAGGAUGAACUCGCGAAGCUACGAAAGGAGUCAGAGGAGGAGAUCGGCAAGCUCCGUGAGCAGCUUCGGAAGAUGGAGGAAACGGACAAGCAGGCAGCUACAGCCGCCUCGGAGAAGGAAGCCGAAGCAAAGAAGGAGAAGGAGAAGGAGCUGGAUCAGCAGAAGGUCGAUCUCGAAGAGCUUCGCAAGCGCUUGGCCGAUGCCGAAGCCAAAGACGAGACACUGAAGAAGGAAGCAAGCGAUGCAAAAGAGCUGCAGGAGAAGGCCAUGCAAGAGAUGCGCCAGAGGCUCGAGGAGCUGUCUGGGCUGAGCGACGCAGCUGCGAAAGGCGAGGAGGCUGCUACAAGAUGCCUCAAGGACGUCGAGGCUUUGCAAAGCAAGCUGGAGGAGGA